GAUACAUUUUUUUUGUCCGCAGUAGAUUUUUUUUUUUGGUGUAAAAUAAUUUUCAAAGAUUUAUUGUGCAUAUAUUAAUGUCAACAAAACAAGUAUACCUGGCGGGAAAAAACAUAAAAAGAGAAAAACGCAAAAUACCUUAACGUAAUUUAAAGCGUUAAGUGGCGUACAGUUGCGUGAGCUGUGAGUUUUGUUGUUAUUGUUGUUGUGGCUGUUGCCACUGCACUGAGAUAGACAGAGACAACAACACGAUAUGGAGGAUCGCAUGAUGGCCCACACUGGCGGCAUGAUGGCGCCCCAGGGCUACGGCCUGCCCGGCCAGGAUGAUGGCCAAAAUGCUGGCAAUGAGAACGAGGUGCGCAAGCAAAAGGACAUUGGCGAAAUACUGCAACAGAUCAUGAGCAUUUCGGAGCAAUCCCUGGACGAGGCCCAGGCCAGAAAGCACACACUCAACUGUCAUCGCAUGAAGCCGGCGCUGUUCUCCGUUCUAUGCGAGAUCAAGGAGAAAACCGUGCUUUCCAUUCGCAACACGCAGGAGGAGGAGCCGCCAGAUCCGCAACUGAUGCGUCUGGAUAACAUGCUCAUUGCCGAGGGCGUGGCCGGCCCCGAAAAGGGCGGCGGCGGUGCCGCAGCCGCCUCGGCAGCGGCCGCCAGCCAAGGCGGCUCGCUCUCCAUCGAUGGGGCGGACAAUGCCAUCGAGCAUUCGGAUUAUCGCGCCAAGCUGGCGCAGAUUCGACAGAUCUAUCACCAGGAGCUAGAGAAAUACGAGCAGGCCUGCAAUGAGUUUACCACGCAUGUCAUGAAUCUGCUGCGCGAGCAAAGUCGCACCAGACCCAUCACACCCAAAGAAAUCGAGCGCAUGGUGCAGAUAAUCCACAAGAAAUUCAGCUCGAUUCAGAUGCAGCUAAAGCAAUCAACCUGCGAGGCGGUCAUGAUAUUGCGUUCCAGAUUCUUGGAUGCGCGCCGGAAGCGUCGCAAUUUCAGCAAACAGGCAUCCGAAAUACUCAACGAGUAUUUUUACAGUCAUUUGAGCAAUCCGUAUCCAUCAGAAGAGGCCAAGGAGGAGCUGGCGCGCAAGUGCGGCAUAACGGUGUCGCAGGUAUCCAACUGGUUUGGCAACAAGCGCAUUCGCUAUAAGAAAAACAUUGGCAAGGCCCAGGAGGAGGCCAACCUGUAUGCAGCGAAAAAGGCGGCCGGCGCCUCGCCCUACUCCAUGGCUGGGCCGCCCAGUGGCACAACCACGCCCAUGAUGUCGCCCGCACCGCCACAGGACUCGAUGGGCUAUCCCAUGGGCUCCGCCGGCUACGAUCAGCAGCCGCCCUACGAUAACAACAUGGGCGGCUAUGAUCCCAAUUUGCAUCAGGAUCUUAGCCCUUGAGGAUAGGCUGCCAAAAAAUGCUACAAGUAGACAGUUUAUUAUGUUUUAUUCCCCACCCCCCAAUUUUUUUUGUUUUCUUCCUGUAAUAACGAGUAAAUGUGUGCACAAGAAUGUGUAUCGAUAAAUGUGUGUAAAUGCAACCCUGCGCAACUUCUAUGCGUGUGUGUCUGAGUGUGUGUCUGUGUGUGUGUAGCCUACAAUCAAUUAUGUAUACGAUUAUAUCUUAAUUAUUAAUAACGAACAAAAUGUAACAAAAUGCAACAAAAGAAACACACAGAACACAGCACACAGCUCUGUAAAUUUGUUGCUUAAGCUAGAGCAACAAGAAAAUAACACACACAAAAACAUACGCAUACUUGUGCAUGCAUAAUAUACACAUACGCAUGCACAGUGGGCCGCAGCCUAUUUGUUGGCACGCAUCAUAUCUAAUAUAUUUAAAAGUCUAAUCAUUUUUGUAACCAAAUCAACUCUUCGAACUGACAUUAUUCUCAUUUCAAUAAUACAAUUUAAUCAGAAAUUGAUUAGACCUUAAGUAUAGUAUUUUUUUUUUGCGCACAGCAAAUAGGACUUCGCCCACUGUGCAAUGCAUGCAUACAGUAUUGCCAAUUCAGCUAAUUUCUAGCUAAAUUUGGCUAUUUUCAGAGCUCCUAUAGCCGAAAAGAGCUGAAAUCUUAAAACGUUUUAGCCAUUUGCUUUGGCUGUUUAUUGCCAACGGCUAAUUCAGCUGUUUUGGCUGCUUUUAGCUGCUUUUUUUUUUUCAUAGCUACUUUUAACUUUGCGACAGUUGGCAACACUGUACAUACAUGCCGCAUAAUUCAUUAAUUGAUAAUAAAUGAAAGCAAACGAGAAAAAUGAACGUAAAUUUCCUUUGAAACGAAAAUUGUAAUUUGCACAAUUAAUAAACAAAUUGUAUACCAUAAUUAAGUUUAAACAAAACGAAUAGAAGAAACAUGUAUACGAUGUAAAUCAAAUUUAAUAUAACAAGAUUUUCCUGCCACUCCCAAAAGAAUUCGAGAACUUGAGCAAGAAAAUAUUUGCCAAGCUGAAACAACAAAAAGAGAAAACAUUUUCCAAGUUUUCAUUAUCAUAUUACGAACGGGAAUAAAGAGGAUUGAGACAAGAACAAGAAACACAAGAAAAUUGAUAAUUGAAAAAGUUUCUCUCUGUAUUUGACGGAGCAAGUUUUGUAAUAACAAAUAAAGUAAA